CUCAGCACCGCUGUCAUUUCUUUGUUGCUUGUAACAUGCUAGGAAGUCCAACGCUAAAGUGAUUUAAUAGAAUCGGUUUCAAGAAAGAAAAAAAACAACCAUAUCUGUAAGAGAUGGAAGAAAAGCUGUAUGGAUCACUGCCUGUCCCCUCGGAAUAUCUACAACAGUGGAUUCAGUCCACUCAACAGCUUCAAGCUUUGCAAGGGCAGUAUCCGGGCAUCAACCACCAAUAUAGCCCUCACCCACACUACGUUGAGGCACCAAGAGAGGAGAGGGUCAUGGCACAUGCCCAAAUGGCUGUCAAUCCUGAGUCCCUCGCUCAGGAAGAGCCCACCAACUUAGCUAAAGCUCCAGCUAAAAAACGAGGGAGACCGGCACAACCAAAGGAACCCAAGCCACCAAAAAUGCCGAAGCCUCCUAAGGAGCCCAAACCACCCAAACCGCCCAAGGAGCCCAAACCGCCCAAGGAGCCCAAAGCACCCAAGGCCAAACCAGGACCCAAGCCCAAGAAAGGGAAAGAAGGUCAAGAGGCGGACAGCACACAGGAGAAGAUAGACGAGACCUUCAAGAAGGUCAAGAAGAAAAGGGACCGCUUCAAGGGCAUGACAGAGGACGAGGUUAUGAACAGAACUCUGACUGACAUCCUUGACUACAACCUGGACUACGUCAUUAUUGGAAUAAACCCAGGUCUGGUGGCAGCCUAUGUUGGACGAUGGUUCCCUGGCCCAGGGAACCAUUUCUGGAAGUGCCUCUUCUUGUCUGGAUUCACAGACGAGCAGCUCAACCAUUUGAGUGACACCAGCCUGCCAGCGAAAUACAAGAUUGGCUUUACAAACAUGGUGGCCAGGACAACGCCUGGAAGCAAAGACCUCUCAACCAAAGAGCUACGUGAGGGUGCCUUGAUUCUUGUAGAGAAGCUGAAAAAGUACAAGCCCCUCAUAGCAGUUUUUAAUGGAAAAUGUAUCUUUGAAAUGUUCUGCAGAGAGUUGUUUGGGAAAAAGCCCAAGAAACUUGACUUUGGUCUGCAGCCACACAAGAUACCGGACUGUGACGUGGCGUUGUAUCUGAUGCCCUCGUCGAGCGCACGCUGUGCCCAGUUCCCCCGUGCUCAGGACAAAGUGCACUUCUACAUUAAGCUUAGGGAAUUGAGGGACCAGCUCCGGGGCGUGGCAAGAUCGGACGAGAUUCAGGAGCUGGAGUACACGUUUGACCUGGGACUGGCCAAGGAGGACGCAAAGAGGAUGGCAAUCAAGGAGGAGGCGUACGACCCGGGCUACGAGGCGGCCUUUGGCGGAGCGUAUGUGGAGGAGGGGCCUGGGCCGGAGGAGGGCCAGAGCAAUGGGCACUGUAACUUCUCAUCCACUGACAACACCAGUCAGCCCAAUGAGACACCAGAUGCUGCUGAAAAGGUGAAUGCUUCCCAACCUACGGCUGUCGCUACCGCCGCAGAGGGAAAACUCCCAGAUGGACAAUGGAUGGUGCAGUCUUUCGCAGAUCAGAUUCCAGACAUUGGUGGCUCUAAGGAGCCCCAGGCAUGGGCGGGGGAUGUAUAAGGAAGUUGAAAAGGGCUCCAAAGCUCUCUCUGGACGUGCAUAGACCUCAAUCCCAUACCUCCUUCACUCCCUGCCCUCAACAAGAAGGUGAACCUCACUCUGAAGAUGGAAAUUCUAGCCUUUUCUUUGUAUUGGCCAUUUAGGCAUAUACACUUAACUACUUAAUAUAGAUAGAAAUAUUGAAAUUUAAAAUUUUUAGAGAAUUUGUGGAAUAUUAGUGUUUUUUAUCCUUUUGUCAUACCAUGAGUAUGUGUGUUCGGUUGCCUUCAGGGCAGUCUUUUAAAUAUGUGAAAUCAGGGACUUGAUUGUCUUUGGAGAUGGUCACCUAUUUAAGCGUGUUCUUUUUAAUGUAAUACUGUACUUUGCCACAUUGGUGCGCAGUAGGUCAUAGAGUAUGCAGGCGUUUUGUCUGUGGCAAUGUCUGCACUGUAUUGGCCAUAAAUCAGUCUUUUACAAACAGGUGAACACUUCUCAAAACAAACCUGUGGCAUAACAUACAGUACAGUGAUAUUGUAGGUGAUGCAUUGUUAACUUUAGGAUUAGCAAGUACUCUACAUUUAUCAAUGAUGUGCCUUGAGGAGAACAGGUACUAAGUAAUAUUCAAAUAAAUGACUUGCGUUUAAAAUGCUACUCCACUGAAGGAAGGCUUUAGCAAUGUCUUCACAAGCCUUUUAUCAUGGAGCUACAAUACUCAACAUGGGUGCUAUUAUUUUUGGUUUUAUGACAGGUAUUUUAGUAUGUUUCUGAAAAUGUAUUUCAUAAAAUUAUCCUCAUUGGAUUUUAUAUUUUACUGAAUUGUUUUACUUUGCAGUCUGAAAAGUAAUAGUAUCAGCUAACUGCUUUGAUGGUCUUGCUUUGUUAGAGAGAGUGUGUCAAAUGAAUUAUUCCUUGGUUCUGUGUAUACAUGUAAAGAUUCUCUUCUGUUUGCAUGUCAAAUGAGCAAACCCAUGUUAGGGUCAUGUUCAGGGAACAACUUAGGACGUUUUAAAAUGAUUUGCAAUAGAUGUAGAUUUUUUUUUCUUAUUGUACAAAUCCAGGAUGUCCCUCUCUGCUUCUUCUGUGCAGUGCCCAAUAAAUACAACCCUGUUGUUUUCUAACAUUUACAAUAUACUCUUCUGAGCCAACUUACAGAUGCCCGCUGUGAGAAUGAAAGUGGCAUAGUACACUAUUGUAGAUCUUGGAACAGUAUGUCAAAAUAAUACUUGAGCUUAACAGCCUUAUCACAAGCGUCAUGUGCAACGCACCUACUGGGGUUAGGGUCAAGAAAGUUUAGAAGUAGCUGAAACAAGCUACCUCACUAAGUUUUUGUUUUAUUUUUCAGUAUUGACUGCUUUACUGUUUUGUUACAAAUGUGGAUUUAAAUAAAAAGUACAUUUGCCGUUUA